GGCUUCUCCAUUGUUCAGCUGUGUGUUUGCAAGAGGAAAAAUUCCCCUGAAAGCGAUCAGUGGAGGAAAUAAGGCCUGAAAUUCACAUGUAAGGAUUUGUCCACCAGUUGAGCUACAGCGCCUUUCAAAAAUCAAGCUUCACUAAAUUCAAGCACCUGCUAACCAGCAAGCCUGAAAUAUAAAUGCAAAAAGGGCUGAGUUGCCUCAGCAGUGUGGGCUGGAUUGGAGAGCUGUGGUAUUGCAAACUGAGGCUGCAUCUCAGCGCACUUAUUAAUUAAAUGGUCACAGCACAGUUUUGCCAGCGCUGCCACUGCUGAUCCAGAAUUAUGGAAGAAGAUGAAAACCAGGAUCCACAGCAGAACGAGACUCCAGGGGAUGAACCAGGAUUGGAUCAGUGCACUGAAUCACAGAGAGAAAGAGGCGCUGAGCAGGUACGCCUGAUCCCACAGCCGCUGGGGCGGAGCAUGCACAGUAAUCGACCUGAGUGCAACACACCCACUCAAGCCAACUGCAGUGAUUCACCAUGCGGACAGCAAGUUAAGAACUCUCUCCAGCGCUUAAGAGGUAUGAACAUGGCCACUCGCGAACCAAAUGACUGUGGGAAGAUGUGCCAGAGAGAUUCCAGGAAGAAGAAACAGAUUAGAAGACGGAAGGUGUGCAUGCCAGUGGAAUCCAAUGUCGCCACCAGAAACUCACCAGAGGCUGCUGUGCCCAGUCUCCAUGGUAUUCCUGGAAAUGGGAACCCGGAGAAAGAAGUGGUGUCCGUUCUACUGUCCCAUCUCACCAGCGCGCUACAACAUAUCGGAUCCACGUACGGAGCCACCCUGCGGACACGGCUGAAUCCAGAGCCGGAAUCUGUGGCAGAUCUGGGCCCCUCUUAUUUUGGCAGGUUGGAGUCAGAAAACACAGAAGAGACAACAGAUUUGCAAGAAGAUGGUGUUUCCAGUCUUGGCAUCUGCUUUGUCCGUCAUCCCAGGUUUACUGUUAAGAAAGAUCAGACCUGGCGAUAUAACAAGUCAGUGUCCACUGGCUUUCCAUCUCCAUCGCAGAGGGUACCAUCUCACAGCACCGUAAGGGAAGCUUUACCUUACAGGGAUUGCUUAUGCAAUGGUGGACUGUCUAACAAAAGAAACAGUGGAGACCGUUCCAUGGAAUCCCACGGCAUCAAAAAGACAAAUGAUGGAUUGGGUUUGUUGGAUUCGUAUGUUUUGUCACCAGCAUCCUUGGACUGUUUGAGGCAAGGGUUGUUGAGAAACAUGGGCAGUCUGGAGCAGACAGAGACUUUGGGGGACUCGAGAACGAGCAGCCCCUAUACAAGGACAGAGAAGAGUAGCCAGCAAGUGACUACAGACUUCAAAGCACCAGUUUUCUCCCCUGACGUAGACUUGACAAUGAAAAGAAGGCUGGAUCCAUUGGGAGUAGAUCUCAAUUGUCUAUCACAGAGAAGCAACAGGCUUGGUGUGCUUGUGAACCCAAGCACAGAUCAAAAGCCGAUGGCCAAUUCCCCCUUAAAAAGGCUUGUAGGUACUGCCCAGGACUUGCAUCCCUCUGAAGGAGUCAGUUGGGGCCUGGUCCUUGGCAACGGCAGUGGUAUUUCAAAUGGUCAGCAACGGCCAUUGAAUGGAGGUGGAUGCUCCAACUCAGGGAACCAACCCAGCUCCUCAAGCAUGUCUCAAACGUGUCCUGAAAAGACAGAGUCCAGCUCAGUCCCUUGCCACCAGAACGUCACUAAUCGGAUUAGUUGUUCUGACAGUCGAUUGAGGCCUGAAGCCUAUGACCCAUUCAAUCCAACUGAUGAAGAAAAUAUUAAUGGAGAGUUUAUAGGUGGUGACUUUUCUCCGAAAGAAAGGACAGGCUUGGACGAUGAGGAGGAGGAACCUGAGGAAGAAGACGAGGAGAAGUAUGACCCUUUUGACCCGACAGGUUCCAUUGCAAGUUCAAACAAUUUGAGCCCAAUGGGAGACGAUUCAGAAGGUGAGCUGAAAAUUGUUAGCGAUGCCGGACUAACUGAGGAGGAGGAGGAGGAGGAUUGCAUGAGCCCCGAGUACGAGAUAGAACCGUCUCCAGAAUCGACGACGUGCGUGUCGUCAGAUGUGGAGUUACAAGCCGACGGUGGACACGUGGUCAAGUCAAAUCUAGAGCCUGACCUGUACAGUUCUCCUGAAUACAGAGACGUAGAACCCGAGUCCCAGAACAGUUUUACGCAAGGGUUAAGCUCCACAAUUGAACCUGAUUCGAAACUCCAGAGUGAGGCUCAGCUUGACUCAAUCUCUCAACCAGACACCGACUCAGUUGACUCAGAAAAUGAUGCUCGUUCCCAGAAUGAACUGAUGAUAGACGAAACAGCCAAUGCAAUGCUUGAAGGGGAAGAGGCAGUGUCAUCUCCAACUGGGAUGGUUUUUAGCUUAGUGCAUAAUCCUGAUCCAAAGAUGCAAGUGGAAUCUGAGGCAUUGAAUGUCACUGAGAAACAGGCCCACUCCUUGGAAGAGGGUGACCUCUGGAAAAGUGAACAAGGGAAGGAACCAAGCCUCAAAGCAAAGGCAAGCGCUGGUCCCACAGAGACAUCCAAACAUGAAGCAGCUUCGGAUUUGCAGAAUGCUCCCAGGUAUCCGAAGGACUCUGAAAGGACAGUGUCCGAGACGGUGGGAGCUCGGGAAUCCCAGAGCCGGUCUGCGGAAAAGAUGAGCUCAAGUGGUCGGGUGGGAUCAAAGUCGGCAUCGAAGCAGCGGUCGAGAGCUGAAGCAGUGCGGAAGGAUAAAUCUGGCAGCAAGGUGCACUCAAAGGCGGAGCACAAAAGCAAGUCCUCUUCUACUGCCAGGUAUCACCACAAGUCCCACCGUACCGUCGAGAGAAAAGACAACCUUGUCUUCACGGUGAACGUUUCCAAGUGGCCGGAAGAUGCACAUAAAUACGAAGAUUCUGAAAUAGAAGAAGGCGAGAUUGUGCAGCAGGACGAAGAGAACUUCAGCCCCGCCAGGACCUUCCGCACUCGGGGGCGAAUUUUUGAGCGCCUGAGAGGGGUUGAAGGAGAUGAUUUUAUUUCUCUCCACGCCGACUCUGACGAGGGGGCGUUGCAGAUCGACCUGGGUGAAAACUCGACGGAGGGUGGACGGAAGAAGUUGGACCGCAGGAGAAAGGUGUCAAAUCAGCAGAGAGAGAAGCUGCCCAAACACUCUAGGUCACCGGCAGAAUCCAAAGGCCAGUCCGGGUCCCACUCGGAGUCCAGCUCCCGCAGCCGGAAAAAACGCAAGAGGGAACACAAGAAGACCCGAUCGAAGGACCGGAAACGAUCCAGAUCCCAGUCACGUGAGCGCAAAAGGUCCACGUCCCGAACCAGAUUGCGAAUCCAUCACAAAAAGUCCCGGUCGAGAUCCAGGUCCUGGGAGCGAAGGAGGUCGAGUUCUCGAUCGCGCCAUAAGGUAUCCCGGUCCCGCACCCAUUCUAGAGAGCACCGAAGGUCUAGAUCUUGGUCACCUUCCAUCAGCACCAGCGUAUCUGCUUUGGGGUCCAUGAGAGCUUCGGCUGAGAGGUGGAAGGGCCGCCAGCCCCAGUCGAGGGAGAGCGCAUCGUUCCACCGUUCUCGGUCGAGCAGCAAGUCCAGGAAAGAAAGGCGUAAGAAGGAAAAGCAUCGGGAGUUGGAAGCCACAAAGCGCCGGAGGCAUUCAAGGUCAAGAUCCAAAGAGAGGUCCCAGAGGGAGAAGAGACAGCCCAGCCCUUCCCCUAGAAGGUCAAAAGAAAAGAACGAGAAAGAGAAAGACAGGAGUAGAGAGAGAAACCCUGUGAGUGAAAAGAAACACGAGAAGACUGUAAAGGGAAGGCGGGACAGUAGAAUAGUGGUUCCUCCUUCGAUUCAGGAACUGAAUGAUGAUGACAUUCUGAUUAAAGCUCGCUCUAUCACCAGAACCAUUACUGUGAAUCCAGGGGAGACUAUGGAAGACCCAGAAGACUCAAUGGAGGUGGCAGCCCUUUCCCCAAACCGAGAAGGCAUGUAUGACUCGGAUGAGUUGGGCUUUGAGAACAGCUUCUCCGAUGCAGAGCCUGCUGACCACUUGCAGGAGGGCAGGGUCCCUGGGAAAGGGCCAGACGGCAAGAACGAGAGGAGAAACGUUCACGAGAAAAGCCACCGAGUGGGAGAACCUGGUGCUAAACUGGCCAAAGUCAAGGACCGGAAGAGAGCUCACCCGGAAGAGAAGCCUGCCAAGGAGAAGCGAAGGAAAAAGCUGACCGACGGGCCAAAGGGGGCAGUUGCGGCAGACAGCUUGAAGGCGGAGAAGAAGGCAAAAGAACAUUUAAUUGGUGGCCAGUCUACCAAGAAAGUUAAGGCACCGUCCAAGGAAAGCAAGCAACAGGUGCCACGGAAAGUUAAACUCCAGUCAAAAGUAGCCGUCCUCAUCCGAGACGGAGUGAGCUGUGCUGCCUCGAUGAAGGAGGACCGAGGGAAGGGGGGAGGUUUGAUCGGCGUGAAGUUCAGCCGGGACAGGGAGAGCAGGUCUCCGUUCAUGAAGACUGAGGAGAAGAUCCACGACUCGAAGCCCAGCAGGCACCGAGCCGAGAGCUCGGACAACAAAAGCGCCCCCUUGCGGGUGGCAAAGGGGAAGGCCGCAGUGAAACCACGGUCGGCGGCGAAGAAGGCUAAGGUGGCUGGCGGGAAGGCCAAGAGCUCCGGGAAGAAGAAGAAGGAAGCCAAGCCCAAAACCACCCUGAAGAAGGCCGCCUCUGACAGCGGCAGCAGCAGCAAAGACUCCAGCCCCUUCAGGAUCAAGGAAGAGCUGCUGUGGUCUUCCUCAGAGAAAUCUGAUGACAAGGUGAACCUCCCGAGCCCCGUCAAGGAUGCGGUGGAGCAGGGACUCUCGCCCCUCUCGCAGAUCUCCGAAAGCACCUCCCAGCCCCUGGAGCCGGCCUUUGUGCCAAAGGAGCCCCCACAGCACCAGCCCCCUCCACCGCCCCCUCCACAGCAACCGAAGGAUUACCACGAGCACACUGACACUUCAAAAGUCAACGGAGACAAACCAAGAACACUGAGCAAACCAUUGUCGUGGGACCUCCAGACUGGAGGAGGAAUGUUAGCACUUACUGCACUGCUGUUCAAGAUGGAGGAAGCCAACCGAGCAAAGGCCCAGGACUCUUUUCAAGCAAUCACUCAGAUUCUCAGCCAGGCGAAGCCCCCCGCCUCACAAGUGCCGACCAGCCUCUCUGGCCACCUCCCUGCCAGCCAGCCCACACACAAGUUUCCCCGCCAGGGCUCCUUGUCGAUGUUGGGCACCUCGGCAGGGCCACCCACGUUGUCGGGAUCUGCCAGUCAGCCCCCAGCCACCACCUCCGGGAAGCUCUACAGCAUGUUGGACAGCGCCGAGACGGCCAAGAUGGAGGGGACCACCAGUUCCGAUGCCAAUAUGGACAGUGACCGGUACUUGAAGAAGCUGCACACACAGGAGCGAGCAGUGGAGGAGGUGAAGCUGGCCAUCAAACCCUUCUAUCAGAGGAAAGAGAUCAACAAGGAUGAUUACAAGGACAUCCUCCGCAAAGCUGUACAUAAGAUCUGCCACAGUAAAAGCGGCGAAAUCAACCCCGUUAAAGUUGCCAACCUGGUGAAAGCAUACGUGGAGAAGUACAAGUACGCCCGGAGGCACAGCAAGAGACCAGAGGACGGCAGUCUCCAGAGCAACGGGAAGGAGGCCGGGAAGUUAGAAAAACACGGGAAAGUCUCAGCGCAGACGUAAACCGGAACGAGAGACAGUUUUUAUGAGUUACCAGAAUUCAAUAAUUUUGAGCACCUCCUUGUUUUAUUUUUCAUUUUAAUAAGUGUGAAGACAUUUUUUUUAAACGACGAAAACUUUAGAAGUCCAUCUGACGUUCCUGGGUUUAUCUCAUUGUGGCAGUGCCUGAUGAUCCUGAAUUAGAUGCAAGAAACUUGGGACACUUUUAAUGAAAUGCAGAAGUGGGGGGUGGGUGGGGUGGCAGAAUAUUCUUGGAAAGUAAAAAAAAAACACUUUUAAAAACUGUAUACUGUAUCUCCCAAUUACUGUAUAUAAGAUAGGAGCCAUUGGCAAGCUUUCUCAUUUCCUUUCUCAUUUCUGUUAAUAUUUUGUUUUCUCUCCUCCCGCACAUCCCAUCCCAGUCCCUGAACUCCCCACCCCCUCCAUUUUUUUUGUGCAUGAUGUUCCUUUUCUAGGUCAGUGAAUUCUAUAUGGUUGCACUGUCUUUUAACCAGAAAUAAAUGAUAUUACACACUCAGUGAUUGAGAGAGGGCAGUGUAUUAGAGAGGACCUGUCUGUCCUGUUGAUGUCUAUGCUAUUCGUUACUCUUUUUAAAAAUUAUAUAUAUAUAGUUCAACCUUGAAGGAAAGCAGACGAGAGUCAAUGUUUUCUCAUUUGCACGUUUUAAUUAGGUAAGAGAUGGGGAUUGAACCUGUGACCACUGUCCUUGGAACGUGUUUCUCUUUAUGUAAAUGUAUUUACUUUUAGUCAUGCUCCUGACACUGUAGCUGGUCCCUUGAGGCACCGGGGUGGAAUUCUUUCAUCCACUGCAAUUACUGUUGUAAAGUUAAGUGUUGGCUCUUGGGGAGGGAAACAGAAAAGGUUGAUCCAUUCUUUGUCACGGGACUGCCUAAUCGCACGUGUCCACCUUCCUGUAGCCCUCCGCUGCUCUCGUUUCCUCUCCCAGUUCCACUUGUGACCACGAUGCGCAAGGCACAGAGGCUUGGAAGACUUGCUUGGGCUCCCUAACAAUUAUUCCUCCCUUUCCCCACCCCCAUGAAUGCACGUUAUUCGUAUAAUUUGCAACCGCGUCAAGCUGCUCCCAUAAACUAGCUUCGCCCACAGCAGGGAAAUAAGACAAAUGUGACGAUCAUCCUGACUGCCCUUAAUUUUGUUAUUUCUUUAAUUUAUUUUUCCAACAGGAAGUGUUUCUGAUUUCUGACCCACACUGUAAGUUUGGAGCUAGUCAGGAAACUGGUAAUACCCUCCUCGCCCCUCGAUUUGGGGGAAAUCGUGAGCCCUCUGCUGUUUUAACUCCAGAACUAUUCAUUGAUACCCACCUUCCACCCACCGCCGUCUCCCAGUCUGCUGCCAAAUCAUGUUACGGACAUAGGAUUAACUCGGGCCACUCUCCUAUCACAUUGCAGCCCUGAUAUGCCCUCCCCCUCGUGCUCCCCACCCCUCACAGCCGAGUAGACACAUCUGACCCCCAUGUACCACUGCGCUUUGGAUUUAGUUUCUGCACUGUUAGAUCCGCCAGGUCCAGGGUAGAACAGUUGUCUUGUCGGUGUGACUUGCUUUGUGCCUUGACCGGCAGUGUUACAUUGGGGGCGAGGCUUAAAAUUUAACUUGAGGCUGAAUCUUGUAUGUAGUAUAAUUGCAAGAGGAGGGCAUAUAAAUGAUUCAGUGUGACAAGUGUAUCCACAUUUCCAGUACUGCUGGAACAAGCCCUUGUCUAACUAUUGUUUGGUGUCAUUUGGUUCUGAAUGGGUUUGCAAGUGUGUCUGUUCUGUUGAAUGAGGUGUGUGUGUGUGCGUGUGUGUAUGUACUGGGGCGU